AUGAGCGGAAGCAUCAUUGACCGGCUACUGGAUACUCAGAACACACAAGAGACGCUGCGCGAUGAGGACUGCUACGCAGACACGCAGUGCGACUCCACGCAGGUUGAUUCAGAACAUGGCGCUCCGGCAAAGCUAUGGGACGAAGACGCUACAUCUAGCCAGGAGGUGUGCACAACUGAUGAGGAUGUGGAGACCACAGCAAGUGAGGGUGAAGAGCGGGAGAAUUCUAAGCAAGAGAUACCUUCCCCUCUCCCGGACAUGGCAGAGGCAGACAUUGCUGCCGGGUGCAAUGCUAAGCCAAAAACGCAAGAUUCCGGAGAAGACCUGGAACUCCGUUUAAGGAGGCAGGGGGGGCUUAGCCCUCAGCAGGCCCUGCACCCCCCGCCACCUCGCAGCUUUGCAAGGCAAGCUGAGGCCAUCCGCUACCUCGAGGGCCUCCUUGCGCAAGGAAGCUACGAGUUGCAUCAGGUCGGGCUUUUCUCCAGUGAGUUUACUUCCACGGGCUGCCGCCGCUUCCUGGUCGACACCAAAGCUGGCUUCGCACUCAAAUCUGAAAAGUUCUCCAAGCAUGUCAUAGCAAAACAUUUACAAUCUGUCGGUAGCGACGACGCCGGCAGUCAGUGCUGUUGCCACGCCUUGGCGUUCACGAGCAACGCGCAAGCGGGGUACUUUGUCAAGAAGUUCAUGGAAUUCGUGCGGGUUCGGCAAGCGAAGGCCGUUGCUACCGACCUGGAGGAGUCCUCUGGCGUUUUCUGGGCUUUUUCUAGGCUUCUGGACCUCUUCCCAUCUCUUCUGGGCCUCGGGGUCACGGAACUGCCGCUCUCCGAGCAUGCGUCGCUUUUCGAGUAUUUGAUCAACCUCUGGGACGAUGUGCGUUCCAAGAACGAGGUGCCUCAACAGUUCUCGAAUCCAACCCGCGUACAGCGAAGCCUGCUCAUGGGCACUGGUGAGUACAUGGUCGUCUCGUUGGUGAAUAACCGCUUCUGUUUCAAGAAGCGGGCAUCCCACAAAUCCAAUGGCAUCUACUUGGUGAUCAACCGAAAGCGAUGGGUGGUCUACCAGAAAUGUCAUGAUGUGGCCGAUUGCCCGGACUUCCGGUCGCACGAAUUUGCCCUUCCCGAGGCCUUUCGACCUGAGGGACUUUUCCCCGAGGAUGCGGACGAGGCGGAGCCCAGGGAAGAGGACCAUGAUCCGGUGUCGCAGGAGCUGCUGACGCAGAUCAUGGAGACUUUGCCUCCAGAGCCUGAAGGGGUGGUGACGCCUCCGCGACUUCCGUGCUACAGCAGCAGCAGGCAGCUCUCGCGAUCGAGGAGCCCUUGCUCGCGGACCAAACUGUGCAGGCAUAACAG